GUUCAAAACUAGAAAAACAGAAUCGUAGACCCUUUUCAAUGAACCUUCUCCAGUUUUCCGCUAGCACUUGCAAAAAUUAAUAAUAAUAUUAUCAUUCAUUGGCUAGGUUGUGACGAUCCAGACGAGGUCAAACGAUUAGAGUCCCUUCAUAGGCUUCAAGCCGUCCAUAAGAGAAGCAGUUCCAAGCCACAUCGUGUGCUGCACUCACUCGAACUUGUUUGAUAGUAGUGAAGGACGUACUCACGUAGCUAGAGUCCAGCACAACCAUGGGGAUUAUGGACGCGCUAGGAAAGCUGUUUGGUUGGAAUAAGCGGAAAGCUGAAGUGCUGUGCGUAGGCCUGGACAACAGUGGAAAGUCUACCAUCGUCAACCAGCUGAAGCCCGACAAAGCACAAUUAGAUAACAUAGUUCCGACAAUCGGAUUCAAAGUCGAGCAGUUCACUGCAUCGGGUGUCACAUUCACCGUGUUUGAUAUGGCUGGACAGUCUCGCUAUCGAGUAGUCUGGGAGAGAUACUACAAGACGGUGAAGGGGAUCAUCUUUGUGGUGGAUAGUAGUGAACGCCUGCGCAUGGCCACGGCCAAGGAUGAACUCGAGAGGCUUCUUACUCACAAGGAUGUGGUGGAUCGACACAUACCGCUGUUGAUCUUUGCCAACAAGAUGGAUGUACAUGACUCUAUUUCUGCUAUCGAGUGCUCAGAAGAACUGGGAUUGAGUGAGAUCAAGACCAAGCCUUGGAAUAUCUUUGCGAGCAAUGCGUUGACUGGCGAGGGCCUUAGCGAUGGAAUAGAGUGGCUUUCAGAUGCUCUUCAGCAGACAAUGUGAGAGGACUGGACUGUAAUACCAGCAUAACUGAACACUCUGGGCGAAGGAAAAUCAAAAUAGAUCCAAGAAGCAACCACUGAACUGAGAACAAGAAAUGCAACAAACACAUCUACUAUAUCUGCAAGUGUUUCAAAUUUCUGUGUAAUUAGAUAUCAUCUCAAGCUAGCUGCCUAAAUUGUUCAAAACUUACUAAAAUUACUACUCAAUUCUUAUGGGAUACUCAAAUUGUAAACUGUAUGUAUAUCACAGACCUAUAGAACUUCUACUCAACUUCUAUAUCAAACUAUAUUCAAGAUCAUCUCAUGCAUAUUUUGAGUUGUUUUUGUUCUCUUAGUCUUCUGGUAAUUCCUGUAGCCUGUUCUCCAUGCGGUCAAGUUCUCUUUCUAAAUCUUGCAACCUGUGAAAGGUCCUGUGAGCAGAAAAAUAGGACAAAAAUAAGCACACUAUGA